AGAAGUUUGCAGGCCCUGGCUAAACUUCCAGCUCACUUCUCUGCCGACGACUGCUCCUUUCCACGUAGAGGUCCCAUUUUCCAGAAUGCUGUGGCGUUUUGUAGUAGCGAUUUUAGGCGUUUGCAUCCCAUAUUGCCUUUCGGACGUGCAGCUCAGUAGUAAUGUUAUUCUGGAACCUUAUGAUCUGCUGUUCGACACCGCGGUGGAAGCCUACUACAAGGGGGACUGGAUGACGGUCAUUCUGAACAUGGAGAGAGCGCUUCGGAACAAGGCUGCGAUCCGAAGGGUGAAGGCGCAUUGCCGGAUAACUUGUGCCAACCAGAGCGCUUUCGGGGAGCCUUUAUCCAGCAUGGUUGUGCCAGUACCAGGCGCUGGCUCCGUGGAAGAUCUGGGCUUUUUCCAGAAAAUUAUGAAAAGGGCUGAUUGUGUAAAUACCUGCGAAAUUGAGAAAAUUGGACCACCAACUAUCCAUAAAGUCACUGAAGAUGUGGACCUUGAGUUUAAGAAAAGAACCCCCUACAAUUACCUGCAAGUCGCGUACUUCAAGAUCAACAAGCUGGAUAAGGCUGUGGCGGCGGCAAACACCUUUUUCCUGGCCAACCCAGACCACAUGGAGAUGAAGCAGAACCUGGACUAUUACAGGAUGAUGGCCGGAGUACAGCAGGAGGACUUCAAAGACCUGGAGGCCCGGCCGCACAUGGCAGAGUUCCUUGCAGGGAAGCGGUACUACAGCUCAGACUCAUUCGGUCUGGCCAUCGACCACUUUGAGGCGGCAGUGGAGGAGUACUUCAGCGCGGACCAGGAGUGCCGGGCGCUCUGUGAAGGAGCUUACGUCUACGACGGAUACAACUACAUGGAGUACAGUGCCGACUUGUUCCAGUCCAUGACAGACCACUACAUGCAGAUUCUGAACUGUAAGCAGAAAUGUUCUGUGGAGCUAGCCUCCACUGUGGGAAAGGACAAGCCAUUUGAGGAUUUCCUCCCUUCCCACUUCAACUACCUACAGUUCUCUUACUACAACAGUGAGAAGUAUGAGCAGGCCAUAGAGUGGGCUAAAACCUACCUGCUGUUCCAUCCAGAGGAGGAGGUGAUGAAUCAGAACCUGGCUUAUUACUCCGCUGUGCUGGGGGAGGACAAGGCUGCAGCCAUAUCCGCUAGACUGGUGGUGAAACAGCAUAUUCAGCAGUCCCUGUUGGAAAAGGAGCUACUCUACUUUGCUUAUGAAGUGUUUGGAAUCACCUUUGUUGAUCCGGAUUCCUGGACCCCUGCAGACGUCAUGCCCCUCAAACUGAGAGAGAAGCAGAAGGCAGAAAGGGAGACUGCGGCGAGGAUCACUGAGGAGAUUGGGAAUCUGAUGAAGGAGAUUGAAACUCUGGUGGAGGAGAAGAACAAGGAGUCGACUGACAUUGCCAAGAUCGUACGAGAAGGUGGUCCUUUGUUGUUUGAUGACAUCAAGAUUACUAUGUCGUCAAAGCAGCUGAAUGGGUCUCAGAGGGUUCUACUGGAUGGAUUUAUCUCGAAUGACGAGUGCAGAGAGCUCACCCGCCUCUCUAAUGCGGCUGCGCUGAAAGGUGAUGGGUGUCAAGGCCACCCCUCCCCCCACUCACCCAGCGAGAGCUUCCAAGGAGUCACUGUCCUCAAGGCUAUUAAGUUGGGACAGGAGGGCACUGUGCCCCUGAAAAGUGCCCGCCUGUUUUUUGACAUGAGUGAGAAGGUGCGUGGGGUCCUGGAGUCGUACUUCCGUCUGGACUCUCCUCUCUACUUCUCCUACUCCCACCUGGUCUGCCGCUCCGCCAUCGACGAGAAGCAGGAUGACCGUGACAACCUGAGUCACCCGGUUCAUGCAGACAACUGCCUGCUGGUCUCUGAGCUCAACGAGUGCAUUAAAGAACCACCUGCAUACACAAACAGGGACUAUAGCGCAAUCCUCUAUCUGAAUGAUGACUUUGAAGGAGGAGAUUUCAUUUUCACUGAACUGGAUGCCAAAACGGUCACAGCGGAGGUGCGUCCUCAGUGUGGUCGUGUGGUUGGGUUCGGUGCUGGGAAUGAGAACCCUCACGGGGUAAGAGCGGUCACUAAGGGCCAGAGGUGUGCUGUGGCCCUGUGGUUCACCCUUGACCCCAAACAUGAGGAGAAGGACCGGAUCCAAGCUCAAGAGAUGCUGAAGAUGUUCUCCUCUCCUACGGACACAGAGUUCACAAAGACAGAGAGCUCACAACCACAGCUUACACCUCUUGACCAGUCUGCGCUUCUUGGUCAAGCUGCAACCCUAGUCCAGGAGCAGGCAUACCAAUCAGAUGACAGACCAGCAGAGAAGAAGCCUGAGGAACCAGCAGAGAAGAAGCCUGAGGAACCAGCAGAGAAGAAGCCUGAGGAACCAUCAGAGAAGAAGCCUGAGGAACCAGCAGAGAAGAAGCCUGAGGAACCAGCAGAGAAGAAGCCUGAGGAACCAGCAGAGAAGAAGCCUGAGGAACCAGCAGAGAAGAAGCCUGAGGAACCAGCAGAAACAGUUAGUGAAAAGCCAUCUGAUUAUCCAGAGGAUAAAAAGAAUGAGAAGCCAAUAGAGAAGCACGCAGAAAAACUCAUUGCAAAAAAGGGUAACAAAGCUAAGGUGAAAGAGCUGGUCAAAACUAAAGCCAAAGCAGUGGAUGCAUCAAAGAACAAAAAAGACACGACGAAAACAGCAGGUAAUGCAGGGGACAAAGCCAACGCUAAGACAGCAGACAAGGCUAAAGCAGGGGACAAAGCCAACGCUAAGACAGCAGACAAGGCUAAUGCAGGGGACAAAGCCAACGCUAAGACAGCAGACAAGGCUAAAGCAGGGGACAAAGCCAAUGCUAAGACAGCAGACAAGUCUGAAGCAAAACCUGCUGCAAAAACAAAUGUCAAACAGGCAGCAGACAAUAAAGAGCAGAAGCCAGCGACAAAAAAGACAGAGAAAAUCCCUGUCAAAAAGGUUUCCAAGGACUCCAAAACUGACCUCAAGUCAUCCUCAGACUCACAGACAGACAAGGACGAGCUGUGAGACCAACAGCACCUGUGACUCUUAUUCUGUGGUGUCUUUUUUUUCUACUGUUUGAAUAUAUUUGUCAAGGUUGUUUCUGUGGAUGUGCUGGAUAAAGAUCUGAGGUUGUUUGCUGUAUUGUUUUGGAUGUUGUUUGUCUGCCCAAUAAUGGUGGUAAGGAACAAGGAUAUGGUGUUGUAAUGUAAGCCAUACCGUAAAACCAAGGGCCUGCAAACUCACUCUGAUGGCUGAUGUCAACCAACCAACCAAUCAAUCAAAGCAAUCAAUCAAAUUAGAUUUCUAUAGUGCUUUUUCACAAAUACAUUUGUCACAAAGUGAUAAAUUGUAACCACCUUUGAAUAUCUAUCCCAGACUCAUGUGA